AUGGAUCCUGAACAGCAAGAACCGUCAGCUUCUCAAGGCCAGCUACCCAAUGGCCAUUUCUCCUCGGCCCCAGUCAACAUCCAGGAGCUUUUCGAGCGGAUCAUGGGGAGCAUCGGGGAGCAAGACUCUGCCCAGCUCACUGCUAGUAGCGACAAUUCCACCAACUCGUCGAUCUCGACUCUGGUUGUCGCUAGCCCACCGUUCAUGCAGGAGAUGCGCUACACUCCCCGUGCAGGCCUGUGGUGUGGGCAUGAGACGGUCUUGCGCAGUUGGAAUAUCGCCGGAUCCUCCCAUUGCCAGUUUUGUGGCCGUUCCGAGCGCUGGUUGUGGACUUGUACAGCAGACACGCCAGAUCACUCCCCUUAUGAGCAAAGUCCGGAGCCCGUUUCCCCUGACAGGAGCAUUCUCGCGCCACGCAUCCAGCAGGCCAUUCUCCAGGGCGAGUACACUGAGGCCCAAGUCGAGAUCAUGGUCGGCCAGAAGCUCAAGGUGCUGGAGGAAGCUGCUGCUGCUCGACAACUUGCCAGCGAGAAUGUGUCUAGUGGCCGAGACAUCCUCGUGGACAACGCCCUUUCUUCGGAGGGGACUCACCCCGAAACGGCCCCGCCGAUGCAAGCUGCAGUUGCACAGCAGUCAAGCACCCAUAAUGACAUCGGCCACGCGGUAGACGUGAUCGCCAGCUCUAGUCCUCCCGAUGGCCAGGCCUCCCUGAAAGCCUGCCGGCUGCUGGCCUGUGCCAACUGCAAGCCUCGGUUGCUGGAGCAAUCAUGGGGCCAUAUCGAUGCUGUGGUCGGCGAGCCCUACGUCACCCCGCCUCAGAUUCCGGAAUAUCAGGACCGUCCAAUAUCUGAUGCCACCGCUCUGCGGCAAAUGCACGAGCAUUGCCCCGAGUGGGAAUGGAGCCCUGACUUUGAGGAGUGGUGGUCGACAGCUCGGGUCAUCCGAGGGUUUGACCUUCUGCCCCUACUUCUCACUGCCGAGUUGCUGGCAGCUGGCCAGAAUGAAUUCAUCCGGCUGGUCGGUCACUUGGUGAUCGGCCAGCGGGUGACCUUUGAAGAGAUGCGCCAGAGUAUCUGGGAGACGAGUCCCCUGGUGUAUCAGUUCAUCUCGCCCUUUCUUCAGGUGGGUGACUUCUCUGACACCUCGCAUCAAGAGGACUGGGCAAUGGCGGGCAUCGAGAUGACGGAAGCGGUGGAAGAAUCAGAGGGUGAGGUCUGA